AAUAUGCCAAAGAUUGAGACAUGCACAUACGUGGGUGCCCACCAUUCCAUGCAUCAAACCAAUCAAUUUUCGAGUGCUCUCCAGCCAGAGAGAGACUCUACUCACACACAGUCCACAUCUCUCUCUCUCUCUCUCUCUCUCUCUCCAUUCUUUUCAUUCUUUCACUUUCAUGGUUUCACACUACUUCUACUACUACAUAACAUAUAACUCUUUCUCUUUCUCUCCAGAACUAUACUAAACUAAACUGAACUCAAAUCAAAACCCAGCAAAAUGGGCACCUUCUUCUCUAUCUCCGUCGUCGUCGUCGUCGUCUUCUUCCUCUGUUUUGUCCACUCCACCGAUUAUGCUCAUGCUCUCACUGCACCCUCUGACAUCUCAGCCCUCAAGGCCUUCAAAGCCUCCAUUAAACCCUCUUCCAUUCCAUCCUGGUCCUGCUUAGCCUCCUGGGACUUCGCCGCUGCCGACCCAUGUGCCUCCCCUCGCCGGAUCCACUUCACCUGUGGACUCACCUGUUCUCCCGACUCCACCCGCCUCACCCAGAUCACUCUCGACCCCGUUGGCUACUCCGGCACCCUCACCCCACUCCUCUCCCAGCUCACCCAACUCCACACUCUCGACCUCGCCGAUAACUACUUCUACGGCCCCAUUCCUUCCUCCAUAUCUUCCCUCCUCAAUCUCCAAUCCCUCACUCUCCGAUCCAACAACUUCUCCGGCUCGCUUCCCUCCUCCAUCGCCAACCUCAAGCUCCUCCAAGCUCUCGACCUUUCGCGUAAUUCUCUCUCCGGGUUUCUUCCCGGUGCCAUGGAUUCCAUGUCCGGGUUGCGUCGGCUCGAUCUGAGUUUCAACCGACUCGAAGGCUCGAUCCCCAGACUCCCACCGAAUUUGCUCGAACUCGCUCUCAAGGGAAAUUCCUUGUCCGGGCCGCUGUCCAAAUCGUCCUUCGACGGUUCGACUCAGUUGGAAGUGGUCGAACUCAGCGAGAACUCGCUCACCGGAACACUGCGGAGCUGGUUCUUUCUCCUACCGUCAAUCCAGCAGGUUAAUCUGUCCAAUAACAGCCUGACAGGUGUCGAGAUCUCGACGCCCGCCGCGGGACAAAGCGACCUCGUGGCCGUCGAUUUGGGCUUCAACAAAAUCCAAGGAUACGCACCUGUUAAUUUCGCGGCUUAUCCUCUGUUAUCGUCUCUGUCUCUUCGGUACAAUCGGUUACGUGGCAAAAUCCCAUUGGAGUUCGGGAAAAAGAAGUCGUUGAGAAGACUUUACUUGGAUGGAAACUUUUUGAUCGGUCAGCCCCCAGCGACCUUCUUCGGCGGGCAGGGGCAGGUCUCGGGCAGCUUUGGGGAUAAUUGCCUGUGGGGCUGUCCACCGUCCUCACAGCUGUGCCUACCUAACCAAAAACCCAGUUCCAUAUGCAAGCAAGCCUAUGGUGGAAAACCAAAGUCUUGAAGCUGUCAUAUUCUUCUCAAUCAAAUAUAAUAUAUAUAUAUAUUUUUUUUCAACUCUGAAAAAAAAAUGUGUAAAAUAUUUUUUACAGUGUAGCAAUUUGAUAUAUAAAUAAUAAAUAUUUGUAUUGCCCACUA